GCCGGACUGGUUGUCACGGUAACGUUGUGUGUAGAAGAAGAGUGUCCAAAGUAUUUGGACUAUUUGAACUUUAAAUGCAUUUUUGGGUGACAGCUCAUGCAGGACAACGCGCUGAAAUGACUUUAGCGGGUGCGUCGACAAGUGUGAAGUUGUAAGUGGUGGUUAGGCCCAUGUCAAGCAGAGACCUUCCGCCGGUCCGGCACCUGCCUCACUGGACCCGGGUUGGCGGCCUCGGGAGCACUUCGCUUCCACAGCGGCUCCCGGCGAACCGGCUCCAGCCGCUGUGUGGAGAUCAGCACGUUGACGGAGGACGGACGAAAGGAGCGGUGACACCUGGCAGCAGUGACUCCGACCCCCGCGUCGCGUCUCUGCGGAGGAAUAUCGAGUUCUUGCAGACGCAGCACAAGGAUACUCUGGAGAAGCUUCACGGCGAAGUGGAUUAUUUAAGACGGCAGAACAAAGAGUUGCAGUACCGGCUGAUAAUGGAGCAUCCCAAGUCAAGUGUGAAAGAAACCAGACGAAGUCAGACGAGUGCGAGAAGUCCAGCUCAGGGAACUGAAAACUCUGCUAGAAGCCACUUAGUGGAGUCCAUAAUGGAUGCACGAUUGCAAGGCCAGCAACUGAGCGCGAGAGUCGGAGGAAUCAGCUCCACCCAGGACCAAGGCUCCCCAUCAAUGGAUGGGCUCAUCACAUCACUGCAGCCUCUGCGCAUUCACAGAAGUCCAUCACGACAACCGCACGCUCCCACACUACCUGAGUGUGAGGCCAUUAUCCGCCAGCUGUACAAGACCAACUGCUUGCAGUCGCAGGAGAUUGCACGUGUGAAGAAUCUCCUGAGAGAAAUUGUUCUGAACAGAAGAGUCACUCCAGAACACCACCUUCUGACUAAAGCAUAUGUCGGUAACAGCAGGAGUAGAAAGCUAUUCGAAGACAAGAAACCUGGUCCUCAAGCACUUUCAGAGAAGCUGAAUGAAGGGGAGCAGUCCAGGCUGAUCCUUCCAGUUCUGACCCGGAGUGUCAACUGCACGACAGAAAAACAGAGAAGGGCCCGUGCGGUGCAGAGAGAUCGUUCGAAAGCAUCUCAUCAUGAGACUUUCCUAUCCCAAGGAAGCCGUGGCUCCUCCGCAGGAAUUCCUGGCCAACUGAGAGAAAGAGUCCUGGGUCUGCCCUGAGGCCUCCUCCCACUUGGACAUUCCAGGAGUGCCUCACUCCAGGAAGGUUGUCUAGUGAGAACUGACUGAAUGUCAUCACAUGGAAGCAAGGUAGGAAGGUGCUUGCACUAUAUUUCACUUUCCUCCUCCGUCAUUAAGGCACCGUGACAUCGUUUAAAGAGUUUUGUGUUUUGUUGUAGAUUGAUUUUGGUACAAAUUCAAUGUUUUACAGAACCUUGACCAGCUUUAGAAAACAUUGUGUCUCAGUCAUAUUUCACAAAAUGCUUUUUUUUUUAUUAAAUGGAACCAACGACGUUGAAAUAUAUCUCUAAUUUAGAGCGUUUCUAUUUCGUCACGACGUGUCAAUAUUUCAGUGACUUCAGCUUUCCCUGAGGGGGAAAUGUGGCUAACAUAUACUAUGUACAGCAAUUGUUCCAUUGACUGUCUAGUCCGAG